CCUUUAUAAUUUCCACACGAGUGCAUCUGGGCUCUUAUACAAACCAACAGCCAGCUUCUUCUGACAUAUACACACACACGCGGCACUUUUUCCACCAUCUGAUUAACCGCCCUGCACACACAGAGUGAUUACUACGGGAAAACAUAAAUAAAUACGAAGAGGUUUUAUUAUUUUGACUACUGGAAGCCUCGCUGUGUCUCAGUGCAACUUUUGUUUUUAUUGCUGCCGGGGAAGGUGCAGCUCUCGAUGCUUUCCUCUCACUCACGGACCCUUUAAAAAAAGGGGGAGGAAAAAUAUCGCCCCCUCCAGUCCCCCGCCCGCCCCCCCGCCACACACACUUCGAGACGGCUGAUCUAAAAAAGCAGGAAGAGAGCAUCUGAGGAGCAGCAGCCACAGCGCAUUUUGAAAAACAUUUGUUACGUUUCAGAGUGCAGCAGCCUGUUUCUCCUCUGAAGUUGGCUCCAGCCUUAGCAGCCGCAUUGGAUCCCACAGCCUACUGCGAGACUCCGGUGUACAAUCCGGAUCUCUGCCCCAACAUGAUCGCGGCCCAGGCCAAGCUGGUGUAUCAUCUGAAUAAAUACUACAACGAGAAAUGCCAAGCCAGGAAAGCUGCCAUCGCCAAGACGAUCCGCGAAGUCUGCAAAGUGGUGUCGGACGUGCUGAAGGAGGUGGAGGUGCAGGAGCCUCGCUUCAUCAGCUCCCUGAACGAGAUGGACAAUCGCUACGAGGGCUUGGAAGUCAUCUCCCCCACGGAGUUCGAAGUCGUGCUCUAUCUGAACCAGAUGGGGGUCUUCAACUUCGUGGAUGACGGCUCCUUGCCGGGGUGCGCUGUGUUAAAGUUGAGCGACGGGCGCAAGAGGAGCAUGUCCCUCUGGGUGGAGUUCAUCACGGCGUCUGGCUACCUCUCCGCUCGCAAAAUCCGCUCCAGAUUUCAGACUCUGGUGGCUCAAGCCGUGGAUAAGUGCAGUUACAGAGACGUGGUAAAGAUGGUGGCAGACACCAGCGAGGUGAAGCUGCGGAUCAGGGAUAGGUACGUGGUGCAGAUCACUCCGGCGUUCAAGUGCACGGGGAUCUGGCCGCGGAGCGCUGCCCACUGGCCGCUUCCCCACAUCCCCUGGCCGGGACCCAACCGGGUGGCGGAGGUCAAGGCCGAAGGGUUCAACCUCUUGUCCAAGGAGUGCCACUCGCUGGCCGGCAAGCAGAGCUCGGCCGAGAGCGAUGCCUGGGUGCUGCAGUUCGCCGAAGCCGAGAACAGACUGCAGAUGGGCGGCUGCAGGAAGAAAUGCCUCUCCAUCCUCAAAACCUUGCGGGACCGCCACCUGGAGCUGCCGGGCCAGCCCCUGAAUAAUUAUCACAUGAAGACUCUGGUUUCAUACGAAUGCGAAAAGCACCCCCGAGAGUCGGACUGGGACGAGUCGUGCUUGGGCGAUCGGCUCAAUGGGAUUUUACUGCAGCUCAUCUCCUGCCUCCAGUGCAGGCGGUGCCCGCAUUACUUCUUGCCCAACUUAGACCUCUUUCAGGGCAAACCUCACUCAGCCCUGGAAAACGCGGCCAAACAGACGUGGCGACUGGCUAGGGAGAUACUGACCAACCCGAAAAGUUUGGAGAAACUUUAGGGAGGUAACUGUAGAGCGGGCCUGUCCGAUAAAGCGGCUGAGAUCCUGAUGAAGUUUAAGCUUCCUGUUCGAAAAGUCAGAUGUUUCCACUUGACAAUGCAACUCAUAUUCUCUUUUAAAAAGGAAUAUAGCUUAGGCUCUUCACCAAAAAACGCAAAUAAAAACAGCAAGUAUCAUGCCUCUUAUCUGCACCACAGUUUUGCAAUUUCCCGCGGGGGG